AUGCUGAAGACUCUGGGCUCCAGAAUUUUCCGGAGGGCGGGGCAGGACGGGGGAGAGCCACUCAUCUCACCCCGGACAGACCUGACCAUGGGGGACGUAGACACACAGUCAUUCCAAACACACCCCCCCAGCUCUCCUCUCCCCACCAUUGAGGACUACGGCCAGGCAUCUCUGCUGGUUCUGCAACAGCUGCUGAUGGACAGGAGCGUAGAGAAGGCAGAGGGAGAACAGCAGCGCACCCUAGAGGUGUGGAGAGGCAUGAACGCUGUGGGGGGAGAGCAGGGGGCUAGUUACCCCCCCUCCUGGAUUAAGGAGUUCCAGCAGAUGGUGCAGCAGGCUGCCACGCGGCACUUCCCCUCCCUGCCACCAGAGGGCUCCACACAACAGCAGCAGCAGGAGCUGCACACCUACCUCCACCACAUACAGGAAGUGCUGACGGGGGAGCUGCUGCGAUUGGCUCCCCUGCUCCGGGAGGCGUGUCUUCUGGCUGCUGUGAUUGACAGCUACCACGUCCAUACAAUGAGCCAGCUGGAGAGGCUGCUGCAGAGAGAACUGGACUCAGAUCAGCUGUUCACACUGCUGAGGUGGACACUCAAGACAUACCUGAGUAAGAUGCUGUCUCACCCUGAUGCUGCUGCUGCUCCUGACCUGCUGCUCCUCACAGACUGGCUCCAGAGGGCCAGGACCAAAGCUCUGCACUCCACACAGGUGAUGUGA